CUCUCCUGACGCUGUAUGGCCUCUUCUCACAGGUGCGGGGGCACGGUCGGUGCUAUUUUCACGUGCCCGCUAGAAGUCAUUAAGACGAGACUGCAGUCGUCCAGGCUGGCUCUCGGGACUGUCUACUACCCUCAGGUUCACCUGGGCACCCUCAGUGGAGCUGGAGUGGUGAGGCCAGCGUCAGUGACACCCGGACUCUUGCAGGUUCUGAAGUCAAUCUUGGAGAAAGAGGGACCAAAGUCACUGUUUAGAGGCUUGGGUCCAAAUUUGGUUGGAGUUGCACCAUCCAGGGCCGUCUACUUUGCUUGUUACUCCAGAGCCAAAGAGCAGUUCAAUGGCGUCUUCGUGCCGAACAGCAACGUUGUCCACAUCUUCUCAGCCGGCUCUGCAGCUUUUGUCACAAAUACCUUAAUGAAUCCUAUAUGGAUGGUUAAAACCCGGAUGCAGCUAGAACGGAAAGUGCGCGGCUCCAAGCAGAUGAACACGCUCCAGUGCGCCCGCUACGUCUACCGGACGGAAGGCAUCCGCGGUUUCUACAGGGGGCUGACGGCCUCGUACGCGGGCAUUUCAGAAACCAUCAUCUGCUUUGCUAUUUAUGAAAGCUUGAAGAAGUAUCUGAAAGAAGCUCCCUUAGCCUCUUCUACGAGUGGGACUGAGAAAAAUUCCACAAAUUUUUUUGGACUCAUGGCGGCUGCUGCCAUUUCCAAGGGCUGUGCCUCCUGCGUCGCGUACCCUCACGAAGUCAUCAGAACGCGGCUCCGGGAGGAGGGCACCAAGUACAAGUCUUUUGUCCAGACGGCUCGGCUGGUCUUCCGGGAAGAAGGUUACCUGGCCUUUUACAGGGGACUCUUUGCCCAGCUCAUCCGGCAGAUCCCAAACACUGCCAUUGUGCUGUCCACCUAUGAGCUCAUUGUGUACCUCUUAGAAGACCAGACUAAGUAACAGACCAGAAAAUUGUGUUCUAGAAGAAUAAAACUGAACGGCUCCAGAGAAUUUUUUUUUCCCAUUGAUGUUUAGAAUGUAUGAGACCGAAAACAGAAAAGACCAUAAAGUACCCGGCUGCUGUCACCUGCUGGACAUUUCCUUUUGGAUUCAUGCUUUCUGGAAGGUUUCAAUUCAUUAACGUUAAUAGUUAAUUGUAACUUCUGUUUUUUUAAUUUAAGAGGAUCCAGGAUUAAGCAGCAACUAAAUUAAAUCAUGCUAUUUAAUUUAAGUAUAAA